UAUCAAGAAAGAUAACUGGCGGAUUGAUGGUAAAGACGGCUUGACACAGCAGAAAGAUAAUAAUUUGCAUUUUUUUGCAAGAUGACAUGAACAAGAGCUGAGGAAGAGCAAGAGUCAUUUGUGAUAUGAGCUGGCAGGACAGAAUGGUUGGCUGCAAGCACAAACUGAAGUGGUUUGACCACCUGAACAGCAGCUGGGUCACUGAGGACUGCGAGUCUAUUAACUACUCAGAUAGCUUGAAUGCGCUGUACGAGCGUCUUUUGGACAACAAAGAAGUGGUUUUCUUUCCACCUCAAGCCAUUCCAAUCAGUGGCCCUCCUUUGCCAGAUUUUGAUUCUGACUCCCUCACAACAGAUGAACAAGAACAUCUUCUGGACUCCCUUCUGUCCAAUCAGCUCUUUCUGGGAGCUGUUGUUUAUAAUAGCGCUCCAUUUACACAGAAAUUGAGGAGGAGGCAACUAGUCCUGCAGAGGAUUUAUCAUGCUGUGUCACACAAGUUUCACAACAGACCAGAAUCAACCCAGAUUGGAACAGAGGCAAAGUCACAAGUGGUUGGUGCCUCAAAUGAAAAGUCUGGAGCUUCUGUGAUUUCUGGCAGCGAUGCUCUGAUUGAACUAGGAGUCAAAACUGGACUUAGCCUCCUUUUUUCACUUUUCAGACAGAAUUGGUUGCUAGCACGUCAGACUGGGCAGAUGUCUUUGUGUAAUGAAGUGUUACAGACAGCAAUUUCCAUUGUGUCAUCGCUUCCUCCUUUGUCUUUGGCCAACGAGGCUCGGCUCACUAGUCUUGGGACAGAUUCUUUGAAUGAGGUCACCUCAUUUCUGAGAUCAGCAGCCUCACCUCAGGCAGGAGCUGAUGCUGCAGGACAGCAGUUGGCAGCAGAGUUGAUGCUCGCUCUCACAGCGCAGCGAGGAAUGUUGCACUUCCUUUUGGACUGGGUGGAUUUGGCACUACAUGUCUCAGCUGCAGCCCGCAGCGAGGAGAAGAAAUCAGGGGUGCAUGAAGGGCGACUUGGAAGGAUUGGAUUAAUCUUUUUUCAGAAAGUCUUAUCAGAGAUGGUGCAGUCUGCAAGUGGUGGCCGGAACUGUACGUCUAGACCGUCUUUGCAAGAGAACACAGAUGGUCACCUACCCAUGCAUGAGGCAGCCAUUCUAUUGAUGGAAGAGCUGCAGCACCUUGCUGAAGACUACACCAACACCUCUGCUGGACCUGACAGCAAUGUGAACAACACUGCCUCCACUUCUAGCAGUAGCACUUCUGGCUGUGAGACAGGCGUGACUGGGAGACCCAGUGUGAUGUUGUCAACAUCUGGAUCAGGCCAGGGGGCAAGGGAGGAGUGUGAUGUCUACGUCUGGGGCAGCAACAAUUCACAUCAGCUAGCUGAAGGCAGCCAAGAGAAAAUCCUCACACCAAAGCUUGCUUCUGCUUUUGCUAGCUGUCAGCUGAUUGAAGCUGGUCAGUUCUGCACAUUCCUGAUCCAUAAUGACAACACUGUGAGUGCUUGUGGCAAAGGCAGUUAUGGACGACUAGGUCUGGGUGACUCAAACAAUCAGCCAUUCCCUAUGAAGGUGACAUUUGAACCUAAAUGUGGUAUAAAGAAAAUAUCAUCAUCCAAAGGUUCUGAUGGACACACACUGGCCCUUUCUGUAGAUGGGGAGGUUUAUUCUUGGGGAGAUGGAGAUUAUGGUAAACUGGGCCAUGGAAACAACUGCACUGUAAAGUCACCUAAACUGAUUCAAGGUCCUUUUAUUGGCAAGAAAAUCCGUUGCAUCUCAGCUGGCUACAGGCAUAGUGCUGCAGUAACUGAGGGAGGGGAACUGUACACUUGGGGAGAAGGGGACUAUGGCCGCCUUGGUCAUGGAGAUAAAACAUCCUAUAGCAGCCCUAAGCUGGUGAAGGACAUUGGGGAGGUUGGACAAGUGGCCUGUGGUAGUGUCCAUACUAUUGCAGUGUCUCAGGAUGGCAAGACAGUCUGGUCAUUUGGCAGUGGGGACAAUGGAAAGCUUGGGCAUGGAGAUAUGAACCGGUACAACAAACCUCGUUCGAUUGAAGCUUUUGCUGGCAUGCACAUCCGCAAGGUGGCCUGCAGUGGUCAAUCUUCUCUAGCUCUUACCUCCACUGGACAGGUGUAUGCUUGGGGUAGUGGCUCUUGCAUAGGUUGUGGUGUGGCAGAGUUCACUGCUUUAAGGCCCAAACUUAUUGAGGAUCUACAGAAUAUUCGCAUUGUGGACAUCUCCUGUGGUGACAGCCACUGUUUGGCUCUUUCCCAUGAUAAUGAGGUUUAUGCUUGGGGGAAUAAUGCCAUGGGUCAGUGUGGUCAAGGCCACUCCCAAAGUCCCAUCACACGACCUCGCAAGGUUGUGGGUCUGGAAGGUGUGGCUGUUCAACAGAUCUCGGCAGGUACUUCUCACAGUGUGGCCUGGACAGCACUACCAUCAGACAGACAUGUGAUAGCUUGGCACAGACCCUUUUGCGUUGACCUUCAGGAAGCAACAUUUGCCAAACUGUGCAGUUUCUUGGAGCGCUACUGUGAUGGGUUUGAUGCCCCAUCCCCUCCUCCACCAUUUACGUCCAGCGAGCAGCAUCACCACUUUGUCUUGCUGUGUCUGCGUCUGUUGUCAUCUCAUUUGGCUUUGACUCUGGCCUGUGGGCUGGGUAGUGAGGUGCUAGGGGAGCAAACACAACCCCUGAGAAAUUUGUUGUUUCGCCUUGUUGACACUUCCACACCAGAUGGCAUUCAGCAGGCGGUGUCUUCUACUCUGUCGAUUGGUGCCUGCCUGCUUUUACCACCUCUGAGGGAACGCAUGGAGCUUUUGCAUUUGUUGCUUCCUCAGGGACCUGGAAGCUGGGACACACUUACACGAGGACAGCGUAUGCAGCUGGGCAUUGUGCUGACAAGCCUCCAAGAUAAUCAGCAUGUUGCCACUGUUUUGGGCCUCACAGCGUCCACUGGAGCAGCAUCAGAUGUAUGCACUGUCACCGACUUUGGUGAUACUCAAAUGAAGCCAGAGUCCUCUUGCACACAAAAUCUACAGCUUGCUGAGUUGCUUAUGAAGACCAUUCUCAGGAACCUUGCUGCACACACGGAACGUUCGUUGUGUGAACUGGAGAAAAACCUGGACAAAGCCAAACUGGUGACUGCCAUAGAGUCAUCUCCACCUCCUCACCUGCACAACUUGCUGUCAUCAUUGCAGAAACAUCUUUUGGCUUAUUGUCUAAAUAGCAAGAAUGAACAGAUGGUGCAAGAUAUUGCAAAGCAUCUGCAACAACACUUGCUACUACUGCUGCCAGUUUGUGCUGAGAUCAUCACCCAUGCCACAACAAUCAUUCAAGCAAGUCACAAUACCAGCAAUGAAUGUCACAAUCAACUUGAGAAUGUACUACUUCAAUCGCCUGCUGGAGAAAUGUUAACUCACAUAGUCACGGCAUUGGUGCUGGUGCCCGUGCCUCUGGUGCUGCCCGUCUUGCACGAGGUGCUGUCACUGCUUCCAUGCUUGGACAGUCUGUGUCGUGCUCUUUCUAGCAUGCAGUUCCUAGACCUGUCUCACCUUGAACCUGAAGUUGGAGGAGAAGACGACUUGAAGUCUGUACCUUGGUCAUGGGUACUGGACUUAGAACGGACCUGUGCACUGGUAGUCGGACUUUGCAUUGGUUCAAUGCUGUACGGACCACCCAUGAUGGCCUGUGAGGCACAGAGCCAGUCUUGGCUAUCCUCGCCACUGUUCAGCAAUGGACUGCAUUUCUCAGUAAAGCAGCUGGAAAAGGUUACAAACACAGUCUGUGAGAAUAUGUCAGAGAAAUACUCUGAUGGUCUUCAUCUUGAACUGGACUUGAACUUAGAAGAAGAGACCAGCAGUCUGUUGGAUUUGGGCUUGGGGUUGCCAUGCACUUCAACUGUUCAUCUGGUCAGCAUGAUGCAUGGCUUUGCUGUUGAUCAGGACUUGGACACUUGUGAGUUGGCAGAGGAAACAGUGUUGGACACUGUGACACGCUUUUACCUGGCUGCACUCCUGAAACAUGGAAACCUACUUAGAUCUGCUCUGGAAUCAGAAGUGCCAAGUCCCCAGCUACAGUCCCUGUUCCUCCUUGUAUAUCAGCUUCGGAGCAAGUUGGUGUCCUAUCGCCAGUCCUACAGCAGCUACGCCACCAUACCUGCAUCUCCAGAGGCUCGCUCCAAACGGGUCUCUACUGAUGAAGAGGGUCCUGAAAGUAGCAGUGCACAAGGCGGCAUGUCUGGGCUGCAGCCUCAGACUGAAGGUCUUAAUGACAGCAGUGAGACUAUUGACUUAGAUCGUGAGCACAGAGAGUCAGAUGAUGAUGAUGACCAGGAAGGAACACUUCAAGGGGAUCGUGAGGAACUAUCAUACAGCGAUGUUGCUCAGCGAUUCUUGCAGAGAUGCAUAUUUCUUCUGUUGGCAGUAUGCCCACCGAUUACAGAAGAAACAGUAAGUUUGCUGAAGAAAUCUCAUGAGGACAAGGACCAUGUGACUCACCCCCCAUCUCCUCUCAGAAGACAACGCCAUGGAAGUCUUCCCGAUAUUACAUCGGAACCUGAGGAUGAGUCAGCUCAGCCAAUUUGGGAGAGGGAAGGCAUAGCCACCCCAAACCUAAAUUCUUGGAAUAACAUUCAUCAUUUAAGUCCUCAUCUUAACUCCCUGCAGAAAGUAAAGGAAAUGCUUCGCCGACUACGUUGGCAGCAGGAACAGCUCUUGGGCAGGAUGCGAGAUCAGGACCGAGACCCAGGCUUAGCUUUUGGGGGAAGCUCCUAUCCACUGAGUUCUGCAUUGUCCCCUGCUCCUUGGGCAGUGGAAAUUGCACGCUUCGUAUCAUGUGAACAGAGAGCAGGGCGCUUUGACGAAGUAGAAACACUUGAAAUGGCUCGUGCUAUGACAGUGCAACAAGAAAGAGCAGAGUCACGGCUAUAUGCACUAAACCAAGUGGCAGAGCUGUUUUCAACAGCCAAGGACAAAGAAGCUAACAUUGGGGGCUUCAGUCUUACAUCUACAACACUCCUUAACUCAGCUCACCUUCAGCUACUGGCUGGCUGCUUUGGCCUGGGCUUGAACUUUGACCUCAAGAUAACAGGUCAACAUCUACGUCACUAUCAGGACCUGAUCCAGACAGCCAAAUCACAGACCCAGCAAGAGAUACAGCUGGCUGUCCAUCGUGUAUACGAAGCUCUUAUCAACUCUCUUGUUCGCAUUCACCACUCAUCCAGCCAGGCAUUCAACACACGAUCUCAGUUGCUGUUGUCAUCUAUUCUGGCACUGAGUGUGAGAUAUCAACCUGUGGACAUCUCACUUGUUGUCUCCUGCCGCCUACCUGCCACCCUUCUGGAGCUCUGUGCCCCAGCAUCUCUGACAAUGCCCCAGACUUUGCCUCCUGUAACGUGCAGUCUCCAGCCUGCUCAAAUGGCAGCCAUACUGCACAUGUCCAGUCAGCGUCUGUUACAGAUCAUUGCUUUAUCCACUGGAAUGCAUUCAGAAAGACUUAGUAUUGGUGUGGUACAGACAGUCAUGGAGUUGCUAUGGCAACGCCUUCAGAGCUUACUUCAUGCUGUUUGCCCUUCACUUGCUCCUGCACAAGAUAAUUCCGCAGAUCAGUCAUUUCCUACAGAACCAAGCUCUGUGGCUGUAGCAGUUGUUGGCGACUUCCUCGUGUUCCUUCGACGCGUUUGCUGCAACAGAACUGUGCAGCACCGCUUGACAGAACAUCGGUGGUUGCAGACCCUCCUCACCAUCAUCAGUGGCACAGAUGAGAAAGGUCAGCUGUACAUUGACAACUUGAGAGUUCGUCUUUUAGCCAUGCAGUUGUUGAGCAGUGUGCUUCCUGCUUAUGACAAAGAGGCUGACAGCAAUACAGAUUACAAAAAGGAGGUAGUUGAGAAGUUGUUCCAAAGCCUUGCUGCCAUAUUUUGGAAAAUCCCUAUAGCUAGUGCGUUAACAGCAGCACAUAGCAAGAAAGCUGACCUACAGAAUGCAAGUUCGCUUGGGGCUUUAGCUGGUUCCACUGGUGCAGCUUCUGCUACUGUAGCUGGCGUCACUGCCACCACCUUAACGUCCACAGCUGCCCCUGGAUCCUCAGCAGCAACAGCCACAAGCAGCCCACCUUUCCUUGCUUCAGUGACCUCAUCUCUGCUUCCAACAAAAGACUGGUCAAGCCUUCCCAUCAUAUCGACAUCAAACUCUGCUCCGGCUAAUGCUUGCUUCUCUUCCUUCAUUCCAUCUUCAGCAACACCUCCAGCCGCCUGUGAGAAGGACCAGGUUGAGGUUGAAGGGGUGGUAUUUGACCCUGAUCGCAGCUUGGCAUGCAACAUAGAAAAUGGCCACACAUUGGCCCAUGGAGCUGGUGGUCGUGGGUAUGGUCUGGCAGCUACACCAAUGACAUCAGGCUGCUAUCAGUGGAAGUUUCACAUAGUGAAAGAGAACCGUGGCAAUGAAGGAACAUGUGUUGGGGUUGCUCGCUGGCCGGUCAGGGACUGUGGACAUCGUACAACAUCCGACAUGUGGCUGUACAGGGCCUACAGUGGCAAUCUGUAUCAUGAAGGAGAACUUAGACAUGCCCUCCCUCGCUUCACUCAGGGUGAUGUUAUCACUGCUAUACUUGACAUGGAUGCUCGGACAUUGUCAUUUGCGAAGAAUUUUCAGGAGCCCCAGCUAGCCUUCGAAGACCUUGAACCAGGAGAGCUGUUCCCUGUGGUUACAUUUUAUAGCAGCAGUCCAGGAGAAAAGGUGAAAAUCUCCGACAUGCAGGUGCGCAUGACACCAAGACAACUGCUUGCAGGUGACCCAGUAUGUGCACCAGCCACGGCAGUUGUUGCAGAAGCAAUGAUAGGGCUACUCCGGCGACUACACAGUUGUGCAGCCUGGGGUCCAUGUGUUAGUGCCAAGAUAUGCAGCAUUCUAGAUGCAGCAUCAGCCUGGAAUGCGUCCCGUGUCACAGUCACCUGUGCUACCGACAGCUGGACCAGUUCGCAUAGGAGCAGAGGACAGUCAGUUGAUGCUACUGAUUCAAUGAUGCAGUCUAAGGACACAGAGCAGAUGGUUUCUUGUAAAGAAUCUAAAGCAGAUAUUUCUGAUGCAUCAAUUCCUGUGGUCAGUUCUCAUUCUUUGGACCAGAUACUUAAAGACCAGGAACAGGAUGACUCUGCCACCAAGAGCAGCAAAGAGACAUCAUCAGGAGCCAGUACUGAAACACCGCCUGUAGAAGUUCCCAGACUGAACAAGACCAGCAAGUCAUCAGAAUCUAAAGAUUCAGACUUCAGUCAACAGCCUGAUGACCUGGACUGGCUGUGCUCAGAGGUGUGGCCUUGCCUUGCUGUCCUGGGAGGCCUUGACCGUGGUUUGCGUGUUGGAGCCAGAUGCAUGCAUCGCACCACUGGCAAAUUGGGUGUGGUGCUUGGGCUUGUGAGACCUACAACCACACUGACAAAAGUCCAGUGGGAUGAUGGCGAUACCAGCACAAGUGAUACCCUGAUAGCAAAUCUGGAGCCAGUAGACAUGCCAGCACUCAACAUAGAAAACCUGAGUGGUCUUCAGGCCCACCACCUCCAUGCCAUCAUGUAUCUUGCAUUCUUGAAGGAUGGUCGAACUCGUGGAGACUGUGACUCUUGCAGCAGAAAAUCAGAUGGAUCUUGCAGCUGUAAAAAGAAAAAAGACAAAGAAAAGGGAAAAGAGGAUUCAUCAGUGAGGCAAGAGGAGGAGACAGAGAAACUGAUGAAAGAGCUGGACCGUGACAUAGCACGCAUGCUGGCAGAUGACCUGGAUGCUUAUGACCACAAUGCAGACAAAAAGGAGUACUUGGUGCAUGUCAAAGAUGUCUCAAGAGACAUUCCAGGGCACGUACUGCCACCAAGAGUAGAAGAAGUGCAGGAAGUAGAAAGUGCAGUGAAUGCAGCAGAUGUUAGAAACGAACCUGGUCCAGGAAUAUUAGAGGUCUGUGAAGCUACCAGCAUGGACCAGUUCAUGCCUGGUACAAGCUCAGAACAAGAUCCGUCUGCAUCAGAGAAUAGGACCAGUGAGCAAGAUACCAAGUCAAGUUUAGGAAAGGUGGCACAGCCUGCUCGAGAAAAAAGCUCAGGUUCAUGCACUGCCAUCUCUCAGCAAGAUAUACUUCAAGUAGCAGAUUCAGAAGGAGCAAACACCUUAACACCAAGCACUACAGCAUCAGCAGCUCAGUCCCAUGCUGAAUCAAAGGUUGAACAAGAAAAUCACGAAAAAGACGUCAGUGCAAGUGAUGAUAUGGAAGAAGCAAGCUUCUCAUCUCUGCAUACCUCUUGUACUCCAGGAUUUUAUGAGAUCCUACUGGAGCUAAUUCAAAAUAGAGAAUUUCAGGCAGUUAAGCUGGCGUCCAUGCAACUCACAGCAAUAAAGGCUCUGUCAGCCAUCCUGCACUGCAGCCGUUUUACAGAGAUGUUGCUGGUUCCAAGGGUCAAUCUCCAGCGAGAUGGGUCGCAAGAGAAAGCUCUUCUGGAAGACUUGGCUGCACAGAAGGACGAGGACCUGAAAGCAGCUGUACGUGCAAUCAUGAGGCAGCUGGUGCAUCGGGCCACAUUCCCUUCUCCUUUCCGACGAGCUGUUUCUUUGUCUGAGCUGGAGCGAUCAUUCACAGUUUUGCACAGCGAUAUUGUGCGGACUAUGGCAGAAGAAUCUGUAGGAAUACCUCCCAUGGAAGAGUACUGUGCACCACCUAGAGACCUUGAUGAUCCAAAGCUUUCCCGUACAGUGGUCAACAAACCUAGCAUCCUAGGAAGGCGCUGUCUGCCACCACUAUCUUUGGAUGCAUCUCUUGGAAGGACAGCUAUGGCCAUCACACCAGGUGCAGUGUCAGUCAUCGACAACGCUCAGGGCUUAGUCUCGAACCAACAGCAGACUUCCAUUCUGCAGUAUAUGCGCACAAGUUCCAGUGCUGAGGAUAUGGUCAGCUUCACUCGUCGAAUGUUCAGUGCCCUGAAACCUCGCCUACCUCCUAGUUCAUCCACUUCUCGUUCUGAAGCUCAGCCACUUCGGCCCCCACCUCCUCCACCCAUUCGCUCACGAUCUCCUUCCCCUCCUCCUCCACCCAUUGUGACACCUCUUUUGGAGAUGGGCUUCCAGCUACCUCACAUUCAGAGAGCACUUUCAGCCACUGCUAUCAAUGGCCGUGAUGUGACGGCUCGAGCCAUCAAUCGUCUCGCUACAUGGAUGCUGGAACAUCCUGAGCAAGCUGAAGACUCUAGCCCCAUGGAAUUUUUACGAGAACCAUGCAUCUCACUGCCAGAUGACCUAGGAAUUCAGCCCGCGUCUGACAGGUUAUCUCGUGAGAUGGCCAUAGAAGCCCUGUCAGAACGAUUGGACAACUUAAUUCUGAGUGAGGAAUCAUCAGAAGAACCAGAAGAAUAUGAUGAACUGCCCAGACCCAGCAUAUGUAGACGCCCACGGCGUCUGACUCGCUCCAGACACAUUGAUAUCCGUAGCUUUUUCACAGCAGCCCGUGACCGGCGUGAAAACCGAACUGAGAGGCGACCAGAAGUCAAUGAAGCACAGCCCCUGUUUGACCCAUACGAUGACUUUGACCUCCAAGAUGAGCUAUAUGGGGAGGAGGGCUUGGAGGAUGUGCUGAACUUUGACCCUGUGACUGACCCUGGUGAUCUUGUGUCAUACAUUCGCCGAAGAUUUGGACCAAGACCUGUACGAUGUGAUAUAUGUAAUGUGGAGACUACAAGCUUUAAUCACCACAUGCGUACAGCACAUCCUGGUUGUGGGGGCUGCUGUAACGGCCACCGGUAUCGCAGUACUGGCUCCUAUGAUAAUGGCUGGUUUGAUGGAGUUUGUGGCACUGGCCAUCCAUUCUAUCUGCUAUGCCAAGCAUGCCGGGAGGGCUAUCUGCAGGAGAACCAGGCAGCCAGGGUCGCCCAAAAUGAUGCCAAGGACAUGCAGGGAACAAGCAUGGCGAGCGAUGCUUUUGGAAGUCAGGAGCGAAUGGGAGCCAGUCAUUUGUUCACAGCUGGUCUUGUUGCACCUGACCUUCUAGGAGCUGCAGAACUGAGGCAUGAUGAUGACCUGUGUUUUACCACAGAAGAGCAGCUUGUGAGUGCUUUGGCAGAUAAUUAUCAGCAGCUUCUUCCUCGUCUGGGCUUAUCAGAGGCUCGACCUACCCCAGAUCCUGUUCGCUUCUCAGAGGGGGAUCCUCUUGGUGCUCGCCUAAUGUCCACUUCAGAAACAAGCCCGACUAGUACUGCACUUAGUACAGUCAUGUGCUAUGCCAAAGAGUUGCAAGCAAGAACCCGGCCUAAAGGACUUGGAGAGCAGGCACGCAAUCUACGCUCCACAGCUGACCGACUGCUAGCAUUGCGUCGCACUACUUCGGCCAUGCAAGUGCUGCUUGCUCGCACACUGACACUGCAUGCAUUAGAGUUUCUGGCUGACAGCAGUGGAUCUUGUCAGCUGUCUGCUGCACUGGAACAUCUAGGCCUGGCUGACAUCAUGCAGAUUGUGCGGCUCAUGUCGCUUUGUGCACUGGGGAAGAUGGCUGUCACACCUGACACUCGUGUCUCUCGCCUACUUACCACCCCAUCGACACGCAGCAACAUAAAUCUUACUGCUCUGGACACAGCCAAUGCCAACACAAUAGGCAUGGGAGGGGCUGGUGGCAGUAUGGCAUCUGGAGCCAAAGCAACCUGUAGAGAGUCAGCGGAGCAUUUGCAAAACCUUACAAAAGCUAUUGGAGCUUUGGUGCAGGACAACCCACAGUCUCUGAAACAGCUGGUGCAGCUAUGUACUCAGGAACUUAUGACUGCAGCCAUGGGUCUAAAUACCAGCAGCCUGGAAGACUUGAGUACAGGGUGGUCAGUGGUGCAUACCUCCCAUAUCAGCCAGUCCAUGUCGUUUACUGUGGUUCAGGCACUGGUGUCUCUAUUAACACAAGGUGGCUGGCAUUCACGUUUGCUGCAGGCUCAACUGUCAGGAGAAAAAACUGAUGCGCUAGAGAGCCCACCUACCCUACAAGCCCCAUGUAGCCCUUCGCAGGGAUCUGGCAUCAUCACCACCAUACCCCCACUGGCAGCCCUAACAGCAGCAUCUACUGCCGCUCCAGUUGCAGCUGCUACCAAGAAUAGCAACUGCUGGCACCUGCAGCUAGUGAAUGCUCUCUCAGCCUGUGUCAUAUCAGCUCGCAUGCCUUCUCAUCAUCGUCAGUGGUCUGCUCAACAGCUGUUCAGAGCACUGGCAAGGAAUGCCCAGCCAUCCUACCGCUCACUCCUGUCUGGAGGAGACAACCAGGUGGAUCUAGGUGGUGAUUUGGGAGCUGUCUCCAUAAUGCCUCUUGAAGGUCAUCAGAACCGUUUGUCUGGUUGCAGAUGGAAUGCUAAGAAGCAGUUUCUAGCUUCCAGUGGCUAUGAUGGUACGGCCCGAGUCUGGAGUCUUCCAAACAAGACUCAUGCUUUCCUUCAGCAGACGUGCAUAUUUCAGCGUGGUGAGGAGAUGCACUCAGAAGAACUAGAUGGGUCACACCUGAGUAACCUUUGCUGGAGUGCCACUGGUCGAUUGCUUGCUGCCAGUAUUGACUAUAUGAUCAACAUCUGGACUAUUGGAGGAGGGAAAGGUCACUUGGAUGUUCAGCCCCACUGGGUUACAGCUUUAGCCUGGCCCUUAUCUCGCUGUGGCUUGGAAGGCCGGCUUGGACUGUGUGUGGAAACACUUCUCGUUGGUCGCCUCGACGGAUCCUUGGCUGCCAUUGACGUCAUUGACUCCUCUACAUUUCGUCGAUCGGAACUGACACAUUGUUACAGACUGAAUGUCUCUGUGACACAGCUGGCAUGGUAUGAUGAGGAUCACAGGUUUGCAGUGGGCUACAGUGAUGGAGAACUUGCACUUUGUAGCAAAAAUGACUUUGAAGACCCAGUAAAGGUAGAGGCACAUAAGAGCUCCAUUAUCUCAGUACAAUGGGAUCCCACAGGUCAUCUACUGGCCACUUGUGCUAACAAGGAUCCCUGUCUUCGGAUCUGGUCACACAAAGGAGAGGGGCUGAUGUGUGUGGGAGACUUGUUGCACUCAGCAGUGGUAUCUGCUUUGGAAUGGUGUGCCAUGCAAGGAAUAGGAGAGGACAAAAGGCUCAUGCUGGCAGGGGGCUGUGAAAAUGGGAAGAUAUGUGUGUGGACUGUAGAACAGCCUCGCAGCAAUUCCAGGAACUUUUUUGCCAAGUCUCAUUUGCCAAUGGAAUCACAGGAAUUUGAUAGCGACCAGUUCAGAGAAGAUGCAAGCACAGAAAAGUCCAAGAAAUCCAGAAGCAAACUACUUUUGACUUUGAAUGGACAUAUCGUGUCCUUGACAUCCCUCAGUUUCAGUCCCAAUGCCUUACUUCUGGCAUCUGGCUGUGCGAAGGGUUGGCUGAAUGUCUGGUCACUGCAGGAUGGGUGUCUUCUUCAAACAUACACAGGCACGGGAAGUGUACGAAGUCUGACCUGGUAUUGUGACCGUACCAUGGCUGCCUGCUUCAGCCGGUCCAAGGAUGUCAUCCUGCUGAGUUAUAGCCCAGACAUGUUUAACAAGAAUCGAGUUAUGGCUAUUGCACGCAAGCAUCUCAAACAGCAGGGCAUUGUGGGACUGCACCAGGCACCAUGCUUCCGAGGACUGCUUCAGCGCCUGCCCACCAUGCUUCAGGAACAAUUCCUUUAUGAAAAGCCUACCGUAUUGUCAGGAGACCAGUUACUCCACAGUCAGUAUCUGCAGUGUCUGGCAUCCUUAGCGGUCAGCCUUGGCCUUGACACAGCCCUCUGUUUCUCUCCCCUGCCUCUUCAUCAUAUACAAGACACAGGUCCAUUGUGGUUGGAGCGCCUAGUGACAGAGUGGCAAUGGCUGUUGUCUUUCUCCAUCACACUCAAAGCUUCUGCAUCAUUGCUCAAUCGGGAUCCUUUUCCUGCAGCAUUCAAAUACUUGGCCCACAAUUCUGUGGACCAGCUACACGAAGAAGCAUUUGACAACAAGAGGUGGGAUAUGACCAUGGAUGCUCAAAUCAUGACAUGGGCCGUGCAGCGUCCAGAAGAUUGGCAACUGGGGGGACACUCUGAAACCUACAUCUGGGGUAGUGGACGACAUGGCCAGAUGUGUGAAGCCGGUCGUAUCUCGCUGAUGCCAAUAAAAGUCCCCUCACUCUCUAACUCACAACAGGUAGUUUGUGGUCAGAACUGCACCUUCUUGGUACAUGCUAAUGGAAGCGUGCUAGCCUGCGGUGAAGGAAGCUACGGCAGACUGGGGCAAGGAAACUCUGAUGACAUUCAUGCUCCUACCGUUGUGACAAGUCUCCAGGGCUUUAUCGUGACACAGGUGUCAACAUCAGUAGGCUCAGAUGGCCAUAGUUUGGCACUGACAGAGAGUGGGGAGGUAUUCAGCUGGGGAGAUGGUGACUAUGGCAAACUGGGCCAUGGUAACUGCUACCGACAGAAACGUCCCAAGCAGAUUGAAGCUCUUCAAGGAGAAGAAGUCAUCCAGGUGGCCUGUGGCUUCAAACACAGUGCUGUUGUGACUGCAGAUGGCAAACUAUUUACAUUUGGGAAUGGAGAUUAUGGUAGACUAGGCCAUGGCUCCACAGCCAAUAAGAAGGUUCCAGAGCGAGUGAUGAGUCUAGAACACCACCAGAUUGGCUUUGUAGCCUGUGGGCUGAAUCACACAGUGUGCAUCUCGGUUGAUGGGACCUCAGUUUGGGCAUUUGGCGAUGGAGACUACGGCAAACUUGGGCUUGGUAACACCACGCCGAAGUCUGUUCCUACUCGCAUAGAGGCACUGCGAGGAAUGAACAUUAGGAAAGUGGGAUGUGGGACACAGUUUACUGUCGCUUUGACCAGGGAUGGUCGUGUUUUUACCUGGGGUCAAGAUCGGCUGAUCGGCCAGCCUGAUUCAGGGACGCCUCACCACACUAAACCUCAGGAAGUGCCAGAAUUGUCAGCCUACUUCAUUGAAGACAUAAGCAUUGGUGCUGAACACACCCUGGCCUUAGGGAGUGGAGGAGAGGUCUGGGGAUGGGGUAACAACAGUGACGGACAGCUUGGACUCGGCCACACCACCUCCCCUGUUAAGGAACCUUGUCGAUUGACAGCGCUUAACAUUGUCUGCGUACGCCAGAUCUCUGCUGGCAGAACCCACAGUGCAGCUUGGACUUCCCCUCCUCCCCCACAACGCAUACCUGGCUCCCCACUGCCUCUGCAGCUAGGCACACCUAUGUCUGUGCCACCGCAGUUCGCAGCAUUACAAGUCUGUCCACUGGACCUACUCAAAAGUCGCCUGGCUGUCCUGCAUCAUUUCUCAGACUUGAUAUACUCAUCUUGGCGACUGCUAAAUCUUCUGCCUGGAAAGGAGAGCAGUUGUGCUGAAGGAGGCAUAUCAGGUUUGCGUGAUGGCCAACUGAGGGGCAUUCUCUCUCCUCGGGUGUACACACUACCCAUGGUGCGCUCCAUUGGUAAGACCAUGGUGCAGGGCAAGAACUGUGGACCACAGAUUACUGUUCGGCGCCUUUCAACAAGAGGGAAGAAAUGUUUGCCAGUGUACAUGCAGAUUGCUCAGCAAGUGGUGCAACUCAAAGCAGAGGACCUGAGGCUACCAGCCAGAGCCUGGAAGGUCAAACUUGUUGGGGAAGGGGCUGACGAUGCCGGAGGUGUAUUUGAUGAUACCAUUACAGAAAUGUGCCAGGAACUGGAGUCAGGAGCAGUUCCACUGCUGAUUCAAACACCUAAUUCUAAAAAUGAAUCUGGAAAUAACCGAGAUAGGUUUUUACUCAACCCAGGAAUGAUAUCAGAGGACAGUGUUGCCCUCUGGAAGUUCCUAGGAAUCUUGUUUGGUGUUUCCAUUCGUACGAAGAAGCCUCUUGAUCUUCACCUGGCACCUUGUGUGUGGAAGCUUGUGGCUGGAAUGGAACUCAGAGUUGAAGACUUGGAAGAAGUUGAUCACAUAUACAUACAGAGCCUGCGAGGAAUCAAGAGCCUGCAUGAAAAUGGCAUCAAUGAAACAAAUUUUCAUGAGUUCAUUCCAAUCGACUGCUUUGAGGGUCAAUCCUCUGCGGGUCAGAUGGUAACUGUGGUUCCCGGAGGCAAAAACAUUCCCUUGCACUUUAACAACCGCAUGCAGUAUGUUGACUGCGUUCUUCACUACCGUCUGCACGAGUGGGAUAAACAGGUGACUUGGAUAAGAGAGGGCAUGUCCUGGAUUGUGCCUGUUCCCCUCCUCACUCUCUUGACGGCCCAGUCCCUGGAGCAGAUGGUCUGUGGCACAGCUGAGGUUUCCAUCGAGAUUCUUCACAAAGUUGUCAGGUAUCGAGGGUUGGAUGAAAACCACAUCCUUAUCAAGUGGUUCUGGACCAUUCUUGAAGAGUUCACUAAUGAAGAGCGCAUCCAGUUUCUUCGCUUUAUCUCAGGCCGCACCCGCCUUCCUAGCAACCCUGCUGACAUCACACAGCGUUUCCAGAUCAUGACCUCUGACAGAGGGCUGGAUUCUUUGCCCACCUCCCAGACCUGCUUCUUCCAGCUGCGACUACCCAUGUACAGCAGUUGUGAGGUUAUGGCUGAUAGACUGCGCUAUGCCAUCAACCACUGUCGCUCCAUCGACAUGGACAACUACAUGCUUGUACGUAACACUGAGGCACAGCAGGACUCUGAUGAUGAGGGCAUGCUGUUUCAGUGAUGUGGGAUCUAGCUAAUUUGUGCUGCCACAUUGGUUCCUUGUGCGAUAGGAUUUUCACAUGGAUUUUUUUGUUUCUUAUUCUGCUCAUAAACCUUUGAAAAGGGAAAAAAAAGCAGAGGUAUCUGUACGCCAUGACUAAAACCAGCUGAUGUGUUGUGAGAAUGUUCAUUAUUUGAGCAUUAGAAGAGCAAGAAGAAGCAGAACUAAAUCUAACAUUUUGUAAAGGAACUCUCUUGUAAAAGAAAAAUUGGUAUGAUCAACAUUUUAUAAUUUCUCUGUACUAAGCCACAUGUACAAUGCACUUAUCAAAAUACAUUUAGCUAAAUUAUGAUGGUCUGGAAGGAAACCAGACUCCUUCAGACAAAUUUUGUCACCUAAAAGCAUUCUCCACUAUUUAGUUAUAGAUCCAAGCUUAUUUCUUAUUUAAAAAUAAAGCACCUGUGAUAAAAGUGUUGCUUCAGAUCUCUGUAUGAAUUACAUAACAACAUCCAUGGAGAUUUCUAUCUUUUGGGUUCUUGCUUUCUGCUAGUGUGUUGUUGCUUGAUUGAACAUUGAUUUUCUGAAUGAGCUGACUGCAUUUUAAGAUACAUGGAUCAAAUGAAAUUGUCUAAUAACAGAAGAAAGGGAUUAUUUUUUAAUGACUAAUGAAAUAAUAUCUUUGUCAAACCACAUCAUUUACUUGCAUUUCCUGGCCUCUGCAAAGAUGCUUAUAUUUAUUGUGACAACUGCAAAUGGCAGUGGGGAAUGAUUCAUUCAGAGUUAAUGUUGCAAGCGGUAACACAUGACCUAGUCAGGCUUCCAUAACCAUUUGUGUUUUGUUCAUAUCUUCAAACAUCCACACAGCCCAUUGAGACUGAAAUUUGUAAUCUCAUGUGUGUACAGAAAGGAUAUCAUGUUCCUGCACCCCAACCCAGGUCCAGAGUUUUCUCAGUCAAGUUUCCAUGCUCUCAUUUGUUUUAAUUUUUUGGCUCAAUUCUAAGUUACUCUUGUAACAUUUGUAGUGGUGAAUUUGUGUUUGGGUGUGGAGGCUUUGGGGAUAAGAUUAGAUGACAAAGAAUUGCUCUCGGCUGCUGAUCUUUUGACAUUCCUAAUGCACAAGAUAAACAUGUGCAGAGCAUUCCACUUAUAAACAUGAUGCAAAACAUGAUACAUUUAGGUAUACUGUGCUGAAGUCUACAUUUCUUUUUUUUUUUUUUUUUUGGUCCAGAUGACACAUACAUAAGUGGAUUGCAUUGUAUCACAAUUAAAAUGAACAUAAUUUAUGUUGUGUUUGCAUGGAAAUAGUCAUAUAAGUGUUUAUUUGGUAAGGAUGAUCCCUUAGAACUUGUUUUAACAACAGCCAAGUUUGUGGCUGUUAAAUUUGUCUAGAGGUUUUUAUAUGUAUUUGUGGGCACACAAAGUAUAUAGAUGCAUGGUUGUGUGCGCAUGAGUGUUAGUGCCAGCUUGUGUGAGAUAAAUGGAGAGAAUCAUGCAAUGUUUUUCGUUUGUGUUUAUGUUGUUUUUACCAAAGUAUUUAAACAAAGUAGGACUAGUGGGAAAUAAUAUUGGACGGCACCAAGGGGCAUGUAUUUGCAAGUUUCUUAACGUAUGGGCAUUGGAGUGUUCUGCGUUUGAAUUUUAUUUAUUUAUUUUGUGUGUGCAUAAUUUGUGUUUCUAUGGAGGAUAUUUAUUUUAUUUGUUUUAUGGACACUACAUACAAUGUCAUUGCAAACCACUUUGUUGAAAUCUGUCACUCAAUAAAGAUCUUUUGGCAUACA